ACUUGUACGAGUUUGAUGUUAUCUCGUCUUAUCUAAGCGAAUAAGCGACCAAGUCUUACUUUACUGAGCGUUAUAGUUACAAGCCUAUGUGUUUCACGAAGCGUUGUCGCUCACAAUGCCACUGCGCAAUCGUAGCUGUUGAUAAGAGAAAAAACAAGAUUUACUAGCAUCGAAGGUUCAGUCUGAAUUCGAUCAACAUUUCAUUAGUAUUGUGGAAAGUUUCUCGCCGCGACUUUUGAGUUGUAUGUUUCCUCUUUCCUGUUGUAUGUUCAAAAUAUUCGAAGAAAAGUAAAUGUAGUAGAACUGAAGGUAGCCAAGAGGGCGAAUCAACGAAGAAUUUUUUUGUGAAAACGAAUGGAGAGGCUUGUGAUCCUAAGUGAUUAAGGAUUACUAAGAGAUGGCCUCUCUUUUAGCCACGUUCUCGGUCCUUAAGGACCAUGUCAAGUUGAAGGUUACGCAGGAUACGAUAGCCAUUGAUAACAUGGUUUUCAAGCUGCACUACAGAGUCACGUUUCUGAUACUUUUGAUCAGCACGUUGCUGGUGACUUCUAAACAAUUUAUUGGAGAACAUAUCAGGUGCAUCGCCGGGCAUGGAAUGAGCGACGACGUGGUGAAAGUAAUCAACACCUACUGCUUUUUUACGUCUACGUACACCGUGGCGAAACACUUGAACGCGUCGGCGGUGGAGUCAGGCGAAAUUCCGCAUCCUGGUGUGGGGCCAGCAUCCUCAGGAGACUUCGUGGUGCACCAUGCCUACUACCAGUGGGUGCCUUUCGUUCUGUUUUUUCAGGCGAUCCUCUUUUACGCGCCGCACUACCUGUGGAGGAAUGUUGAAGGAGGUCGGCUGAAAGCGUUGGUAUCCGGAUUACACAUGGCGUCGUUGGCCAUCCACGAGACACCUUUGAAGACCGAGAACGGUAUAACUAUCCCGUCGAAGGAUGAUCGCAACGAGAAAAUACUUCAGAUGCGACACGCUUUCCUGAACCGUAUCCACUUGAACCGGCCGUGGGCGUAUUACUUGGGACUCUGCGAGGUUCUCAACUUCAUCAACGUCCUCGUGCAAAUUUAUUUCACCGAUUGGUUCCUCGGCGGUGCUUUCCUGGGUCUUGGCCAAGCGGUAGCGCACGAUGGCCUCGAUGGGAAAGUCGACGCGCUCGACGUCGUUUUCCCCAAAGUGACUAAAUGCAUCUUCCACAAAUACGGACCAUCGGGAACCAUACAAAAUCACGACGCGCUGUGUAUCAUGGCGCUGAAUGUCGUUAACGAGAAGAUUUAUAUAUUUCUCUGGUAUUGGUUCAUCAUUCUAGCGGUGAUAACCGGUUUAGGAUUGCUUUGGAGGAUACUGACCAUGAUUUUGCACGCCAGGAGUGAACUCUUCAACAAGUUGGUCUUCUCGAUGGCUUGUCCUGGGAAAUAUAAUCCGUGGGACGUGUUGACGGUCACCAAUGAAUGUCACUACGGUGAUUGGGUGUUUCUUUAUUAUAUAGCAAAGAACUCGGAUAACUAUGUGUUCAAGGAGUUGUUGCAGAAACUUGCUGAGGAUCUACGUCAGUUCCAGCCUCUUGUCAAUCUCUCGAACGAGGAAAAACCGUUGAACCAUUAAGUAUCGGGUUUAGUUUGCUUGCAUAAUUCUCUGUGAAUAAUAGAAUUAUUUCAAAUGACCGGCAAGAGAAUUCAGCGCGGCGAAGCGAAGUGAUAAAAUUUGCUCAAUGAAGAUCAAAUAUUCCAGCUGUAGAUAUUUAGGUUUUGCUCAAUGAAAUAAAAAAUGGCACUUUUUUAAACAGUCCUUAAUAAUCCCGACUAUUGUCGAGCAACUGAAGAGGUCAGUUCAACUUAGUCACGCUUAGAAACAGUAAAUUAAUUUCUUCAUAAAUAAUUCAGUUUAUCUUAAUUUAAUGUUGUUCCACAAAUAUUGUUAUUUGUAAAUGUCGCCUGUCGUUUUGUUAUUUAUUUCGAAGAUUAAAUAAGGAAUUUUAUAAAUAAGUCGUUGUAUCGUCAACUGUGGUUUGUCAAAUCUAUUUUAUUUUAUUUUUUUCUCUGUCGUCGCAUUACAUCAUUUCAGAGAAUACCAGGUCGCGUAUACACAUACGUCGUCAUUGCUUCUUCUGUCUGAAUGAAAUAUACAUUUUUAAAUUUUGUUUCGACGCUCAAUAAAAAUACGCGCACGUUCCACUUCAUUGUAAAA